AUAUAUUCAUAUUAGCGGCCACCCCUAGGCGGAGAGGUAAAUUUUUGCAUCAAAAUAAAAAUAAAAAAAGGGAAAUAUACGCCAAGUCCUGCUGAAAGUGCUGGACUUGUGCAAAUUUUGAAGGGCAGCUAAACCAUGGAACAACUGGAACCCAUCGAUAUUGCGCGACUGGAGGAGGCUGUGGUCGUCUUCUAUCGCUCCACAUCACAGGAGCAGGCAAUCACACACGAAUGGCUGACGAAGGCCGAGGCCAGCCCACAGGCUUGGCAAUUUUCAUGGCAGCUUAUGCAGCUGGGCAAGAGUCAAGAGGUGCAAUUUUUUGGCGCAAUUACGCUACACUCAAAGCUGAUGAAAUAUUGGAACGAAGUUCCGCCGGAAAACCGCGAGGAACUGAAACAAAAGAUCUUGGAAACCAUUGUGCAAUUCGCAUCUGGUCCCAAAUUGGUGCUUAAUCGGUUGUGCCUAGCGUUAAGUGCAUACAUCGUGCACAUGUUGGAAGAUUGGCCAUGUGCCAUUGAGGAGGUGAUUGAUACCUUUCAGAAUCAACGCAUACCCAAUGUUAGUGCCGAGGUCCAGCGUUGGAUUAUGCUCGAAGUGCUUCUCGGCAUUCCCGAGGAGGCACAAGUCAUUCACACCUCAGUGAAGCGGGUGACAUUGCGUGGCGAGAUUGGCAAGCGUGUGCCACUAGUACUGCAGACUGUGGAGGCAUAUUUGAAGCAGCAAUUGAGCCUCGAAUGGGACUCCGAAACAUUUGCCAACAUGAUGCGUGCGGUAAAAUGUGUGAGCGUCUGGAUCAGAAACAUCGGCUACUCCAUCGAGGGUUGUGUCAGCAUUUGUGCUGUCCUGCUGGAGGUGGUCAACAAGUGUUAUUGGCCCUGCAUACGUUCCGGCGUGGGUUGCAUGUCCUCCGACGAGAAUGAGCUGGCCGAGACGGGUCUGAAAGCUAUGGUCAGCAUCAUUGUGCAGCCUGAUUGUCACAAUUACCCCAAGACAGCGGCGGUGCUGAUCAAAAUGUUUCUGGACUCACUGUGCGACAUCACGCAAGUGGAAUGGAAACGUGAUAACGAGAACGAGGAUAUUAUUGUGCAUAUCUAUAUGCUGUUUGUAUCCGCUGUGGAACGACACUCGGCUCUGUUUCUCAGCGGUAUUACGGCCACGGAUCCGGAAUUAAAUGCUAUUUGGAGUCGCAUGGUUCAUGAAAUAUUACAGUGCACGGAUAAGCCGGGAAUUUAUCCGGUUGAGGAAUCAUGCAGCACCAUGGCCUUGGCCUUUUGGUAUAUGCUGCAGGGCGAUGUCUUUGCCAUGCCCGUCGAGGAGGAUAAGUUGAAGUGCUGGGAGCACAUUAAACCACUUUAUGCUCAUUUAACUACCGUUCUUGUGCGCAAAUCUGAGCAGCCGGAUGAGAGCUCCAUUGAUAAAUGGAACUCGGAUGAUCUGGAGUGCUUUCGUUGCUAUCGCCAAGAUAUCUCCGAUACUUUUAUGUAUUGCUAUGAUGUGCUUCACGAUUACAUACUGGAGAUAUUGGCCGCAAUGCUCGAUGAGGCCAUUGCUGAGCUGCAGACGCAUCCCACGCACUGGACAAAACUGGAGGCCUGCAUCUAUUCGUUUCAAUCGGUUGCCGAGCACUUUGGCGGCGAGGAAUCGCGUCAGAUACCCAAACUAAUGCGAGUGCUGUCUGAGAUACCCUACGAUAAGCUAAAUGACAAACUGCUGGGCACCGCACUGGAGACCAUUGGCUCCUACUGCUCCUGGCUAAUGGAGAAUCCAACUUAUAUACCGCCUGCUAUUGAUCUGCUUGUGCGUGGUUUAAACUCCACAAUGUCCGCGCAGGCAACUUUAGGCCUCAAGGAACUGUGCCGCGACUGUCAACUGCAGUUGAAGCCAUAUGCAGAGCCGCUGCUCGAUGCUUGCCAAGCAACACUUGGUUCGGGUCGCAUGAAGAACUCGGAUUCGGUGCGUCUGAUGUUCAGCAUUGGCAAGCUAAUGAGUUUGUUGCCGCAGGAAAAGAUACCUGCAUAUCUCGAUAUUAUAGUUAGUCCCUGUUUCGAGGAGCUGCAAACAAUUUGUCAAGCUGGUGCCACAACGCCAGCAGCACGAAUUCGCACAAUUUUCCGGCUCAAUAUGAUCUCGACACUGUUCUCGUCCCUCAACACGGAUCUGGACGAAGAGGUCAAGGAUCUGCAUAAUGUGCAACCUGUGUUGUUGGUCAUGCAGAAAACUAUGCCCAUUUUUCGGCUUAUUGCUGAGCUGUGGGUAGAGGAAAUCGAGGUGCUAGAGGCUGCUUGCAGUGCAUUGAAGCAUGCAAUUGUGAAUUUAAGAAGCAGCUUUCGACCCAUGCUGCAGGAUCUGUGUUACUUCAUCGUGGCCAGCUUUCAGACUCGCUGUUGUGCUCCCACACUGGAAAUUUCAAAGACCGCCAUCGUCAUCUUUUACAAGGAGGAGAGUUGCAGGCAGUUGAUGCAACAGUUGCUGCUGGAGUUCGUGUCGCACAGCUUUAAGCUAUUCGAGUCAACGCCACAGCAGAACUUUUCCAAUGUCUCGGACACCAUGGAAAUGUUCUUCGCAUGCCUCACGCAAAUCAUCAAAAAAGUGCCCCAAGUGCUCGAAGAUAAAUCCAUUGCAUACGAACGUCUCAUCUACUAUGCCCAGCACUCGAUGACCCUGCCCGAGAAUGGUCCAAUCCGGGCUGGCAUUCAGUUUGUCACGCACUUUGUGAUGCAAUCCCGCAAUCAACCGCACAUGACCGAGGUAAUCCUGGCCAAUGGUGAGCAGAUUAUGCGCACGAUUAUGAUUUGCGUGGGUUAUAUGACGCCACGUCAGCAAGUGGAUAAAUUUGCCGAUGUUUUACUGGCCAUCAACAAGAAGUAUCCCGGUGAGAUGGCAGUGUGGCUAAGGAAUGUGAUGGCAGUGCCCAAUUUUCCCACGGAGCUGAUCAGUGAUGCCGAGAAAUCGCGUUACGUUUCGCUCAUCAUCAAAGUAAAAGUCAACAAGCGGAUGCUGCAGCAACAUCUCAAUGAGCUGGCCAUAAAGACACGCGGUCUUGUGCCGCUUCAGGUUCCAGUGAAUUAAGUAGCGGGUAACCCAAAACUUCAGUGGCCAAAUAUCUAAAUGAAUUAACGUCCUCUUUUUCGUAAAUUAGUCGAUAAUGAAUGUAAUUAAGCCACUCUGUAAAUGUUCCUUGCUAUUAAGUUGUUUUUUUUGCGGAUGAUGUCAAAUAAUUAAUAGUGCUAAGUGAUCGGACAGGUCGAUAUAGUAUUUAUCGCCUGUCUGUGUGAGAUGAUGAUGGUAUGAUGGAUAUGUUAAAAAAGGCUGUUUCUUGACAUGAUUUAACUUUUAUUCAUAAUUUUACAAAAAUUGUUCACACUUUUGUUUUAUAUGCCUUUAAUUACACAGUUUCUCAUUUUAUUUAAAAUUUUGUUUAGGCGUGUAUAACUCAAAUUUUGUAAUUAUUUUUUUUUUCAUUUCAUUAUAUAAUUCAUUAUAGAAAACUUUGAUUUUUCACCGUUUUCCUUUUAUUGGAAAUUUGUUUGCUUUUUACCUUCACUAUAUAGGUUUUCAUUAUGUUUUUUAUAUCAAAUUCUCUUUUCUCUUUAUUGUUCUUCAACUUUCCAUAAGUGUCUAUUAUAUGCCAAAAAUAUGUAAAUACAUCUCUAUAUAUAAUAUACAUAUAUAUGUGUCUAUAAACUAAAUGAAGCCUUUUCAUUUUCUUGGCCUGUACAGCACUUGGUAGU